AUGGCCCACGAUCUGGACACACGUGCCAAGAUGUCGACUGUCACGACUACUAUUGCGCAGCCUGCGAAUGCUCAGCCAUUCUCACUCAAGCUGAAGCACCACGACGCUUCGUACUUGCCCACAAGCAGAUUCAACACGAUUGGUGGACUACUCAAGUCUAAUGCUGCCGAGACGGGACAGACGCCCCUAAUUUGCUACCCCAAGGAGGGUGCAGCAGACUUUGAGUUGCAUACUGGGCAAGAUCUUGAUCGGUUCACAGAUGCUGCUGUGCAGUUCUAUCUUGCCAACGGCCUCGAGCCGGCAGAUCCUGCAGCAGAGAAAGCUCCUGUAGUAGCAUUACUAGCGCCAACCACUUUCGCUUUCGUGGUUUCCAUCUUCGCGUUGAAUCGUCUGGGUUGGACUGCAUUAUUCCUAUCUACGCGGCUCACAGCACCUGCAUACGCAAAACUUCUCGACAAAGCCGAUUGUUACAGACUGAUCGUCCCGGACUCGCGCAGAACUGUGGUCGAUGAUAUCUGCAAAGACAGGCCUGGGUGCACCUCAGUUCCGAUCCUGCAGAACAAAGACUUCCGGGACGUACCUCGCGCACCUCAGUUUCGGCGUCAGAAUGUUGACCCAGUCAAAGAAGCAAAGAAGCUUGCCUGGAUCUUACAUUCGUCGGGCUCUACAGGAUUUCCAAAGCCAAUCUUCAUUUCGAAUACGGCAUGUCUGGCCAACUUCAGAAAGAGCUUCGGCCUGAGGGCUUUCUGUAUCUCCCCCUUAUUCCAUUCGCAUGGCCUCAUGGAGCUGGGGCGAGCAUUUUACACACGAGCACCUAUGUACCUAGGGAACCAUUCUCUGCCCGUCACUGCGCAGAAUCUUAUCGAUGCAGUAGCAGUCGCGAAGCCGCAGCAGAUCUCAGCUGUGCCUUAUGUGAUUCAGCUCCUCGCAGAGAAAGAAGACGGCGUUCGAGCACUUGCAGCUGUGAAGUUGGUCCUGUUUGCAGGCAGCAGUUGUCCAGACGAGCUUGGUGAUCGUCUCGUGGCAAAGGGUGUCAACUUGGUCGCGAAUUACGGCAGCACUGAGAUCGGACAGAUCAUGACAUCUUUCCGGCUCCAGGAGACACCGAGUGGCAGUACAUGCGAUUGCUUCGGCCAGCAUCGGACUUCACGUUGA